CCUUAAGACAGUUUCUCCUUGAAACACGUCUUUUACAGACAGAUACAUACGGGAUAAACACAUGGUGCAAUCGUUUGCAUGCUGCCUAACCUGCACUAACUUGCAGUGCUGCAAUCUGCAGUUAGUCAUGCCUUUCGCCAGCAACACAGGCAAAAUCAGCAGACAAGUAGAACUGAGGAGGAGACUCAGGUUUAUUUUUAAAAAGUGUAGACUUGCUAAUUAUGAAGGUAUUCCAGAAGAUUACACAUGGAUGUGCUAAGGUUUUGGCAUUAUUAUCCUGUUUUUCUCUCUUGGCAUUCUACUUCUAUCUCUAAGUUAGCUCAUGAUCUAACAAAGCAUUUAAGUGUGUGUAACUUUAAAUAAGUAUUUCCACAGACCUCAGCAGGAAUAGUGAGGUGUUAAUGGCAAUGUCCAUGCCUAUGUGGUUUGCUUGAUUGCUGGUUUAUGCACUGAGGGCAGUAUCAUACAUAAAGUUUAGAUUAAAUGAUCCCUUUUUCUCCUCCUGUUUAAACCUGAUUACAUUCAGGUUUCCUUUUACACUUUGCAGAAGGGAAUAAUGUAUGCAAAUACUGCCUGUGCCUACAUAGACUUAACCUCUUUUUCCUCCUUUUUGAUCUCUAUAAUUGUGACAAUUUGUCUACGAGUGCCGAGUAGCAGAAACUCUUCCCCAGGGACUGGCCUAAGGGCGCCUUUUUCAGUGGUCCUGCGGACUGGGGCAGAUCCUUGUUCUUCUGUUUCUGGCUGUAUCCUCUCACUCGGGUGCUCUUCCUCUGGUUCCACUUCUGUGGAGAUGAGAGCUCAAGCAGCACAACUGAGGGAGCAUCAAGAGCUCCAUCAGGCUGUGGCCACCAGAAGCGAUGCCUGUGAAGCCGCUGCURUAUUUCCUCCCGGCUGCUGGGCCAGCAAGGCGGGCGAGAGGAGUCCAAAGCUCCACUCUGUGCUGCUCAUUCCGAUCCCUGUGUCCRAGCCUGCUGCCCCCACACUUGUGCUGCCAAACCUGUUUGCGCAUCUGUACUGCCAACAAAUCCUCGUCCGCCUCUUGGGAGCUGUAGCAUCCAAGCCAGGAACCAACAGCUGGCAGUCUGAAUGCAGCCCUCUGCCUACGUCUAUGUCUGUGGGCUGUGAAAGACAACACUUCGMCUUUACAGACACUAACUAACCCUCAAUAAAACACACAA